AUGAAGGGAAUUGCUGUGGCGCAUCCCAAAUUAGAGAAUUUUGUGGCGCACGAUGCUGAUGUGAGGUCCCUGUCCAUCGGCAAGAAGUCUAGCCGUCUGUUCAUCACCGGCGGUAAUGAUCGCAAGGUCAACUUGUGGGCCAUUGGCAAGCAAACUCCACUUCUGACCUUGUCUGGCCACACAAGUGCGGUGGAGGCUGUGCAGUUUGAUUCAGCAGAGGUGCUUGUGCUUGCUGGCUCAUCAAAUGGUUCCAUCAAGCUCUGGGAUUUGGAGGAAGCUAAAGUUGUGCGGUCUCUCGCUGGGCACAGAUCGAGUUGCACUGCUGUUGAAUUCCAUCCAUUUGGCGAGUUUUUUGCAUCUGGUUCGUCAGAUACAGACCUGAAGAUAUGGGACAUAAAGAAAAAAGGAUGUAUACACACAUAUAAGGGUCACAGAGGAGCAAUUAAAACAAUCAGGUUUACUCCUGAUGGACGAUGGGUUGUCACUGGAGGGGAAGAUAACAUUGUGAAGGUGUGGGAUUUGACAGCUGGAAAGCUUCUACAUGAUUUCAAGUUUCACAGCGGACAAAUCAACUGUAUUGAUUUUCACCCUCAAGAAUUUUUGCUUGCAACAGGCUCUGCUGAUAGGACGGUGAAAUUUUGGGAUCUUGAAACUUUUGAAUUGAUAGGUUCUUCUGGACCUGAGGGUACCGGUGUACGUUCUAUGGUCUUUCACCCAGAUGGUAAAACCCUUUUCUGUGGAUUAGACCAAAGCUUAAAGGUAUUCUCUUGGGAACCAGUAAGGUGCCAUGAUGUUGUUGACAUGGGGUGGAGUAACUUAGCUGACCUUAGUAUUUAUGAAGGGAAACUCUUGGGAUGCUCCUACCAUGAACGCCGUGUUGGUCUAUGGGCUGCUGAUAUAUCACUCAUUGGACCCUAUGCUCUUGGUGUGUUGCCCAAAGCAAAUUUUUUUGCUGAGCUUGUGCAGUCUAUGGAUGAUAACCCUGUGAAACCAGUUGAUAGCACUGCAAAUUCUCGUCCUGCUUUAGCAAUGGCACAUUCAAAAAGUUUAUACAAAGUCAAGGAAUCUGGGAUUGCUGAAAGCAGGGUUCGUGGUUCACAUUUGACUCCAGCAAGCACAGAUAAGAUCAAGAAAGAUAGGAGCAGUACUAUUCCACGAAGACCUGCUUCGUCUUUAAAAUCAUCUGUUCAGGGUUCUACCCCGAUGAGGCGUAUGAAGCUUGUUGAUAGUCCUUCCACCAACCCAAAAAUCGUGGAAUGUAAUUUUGGGCAGAGAGACAUUUCAUUAACAUCUCGUGCAGUGAUAGCUAAUAAUUCUGCAACUGCUAAGAAAAGCAAUCUUACAGAAUCAGCUUUAGUGAAAGAUAUUUACACUACGUCUCAGGCUGUUUCUGCGCCUGUUGUGCCCAGAGACAUUUUAGAGGACAAAACAGUAAGCAAUGUUCGUAGAGGGACUGGAGACACAGCUGCAGUCCCAGAUGAUUUUCGACCUGUUCACAAAAGAAAGCCCUCACUUAGUGGCAGUGCUGCUGAUAGUGAUAGCUCAUCAAUAUUCACUGAACCUGAUGUUUGCUCAGAGGGUUUGUCUGGCUUAAAAUUCUCCUUUGGGCUAACUCCAUAUUACAAGAAAGAAGAAUUUGGCGAUGUGGAUAAUGAAGGUAUUGCACAAAUAGCAGAAAAGAUGGACAGAACGGUGUCGCUGGACCAUUCUCUGCAGUUAAAUGAUGAUAAAUCCUUUGAAUCUCCAUGCUCAACAACAGAGACUGGCAAGGUCAAAUAUGUUAGAGGAGUUGCUGUGCCAGUGGGGAAAACAAAGUCUCUUGUUGAGAGAUGGGAAAAGAGAGAGUCUUCUAGCACUGAUUAUUCACCACAAAUUGGUUCUUAUGGUGAUCGGGCAUCAAGAAAUGACAACCCUCCGUCCCAUCUGGCAGAACCAAGUACAACAUAUGAAAAGGAUCUGUCAACAGUGGAUGAGAUGAUGGCUCCUGUCAAUUUAGUGCGGAACCAUGAUGAAUUCAUAAAUGCUGUAAAACUUCGGUUGACAAAGCUAGAGAUGAUGCGGCAUGUCUUUGAACAAAGUGGUAUCAAAGGAGCAAUCACUGCAGUGGCAAAGGUACCUGACAAUGCUGUUCAAGCUGAUGUUGUUAGUGCUCUCAAAGGGAAGCUUGAUCUUUUCAACCUGGAAAUUUUCUCAAGCUUUCUGCCUGUUCUUUCUGGGUUACUGUGUAGCAAGACUGAAAGGCAUGCUACGGUUUCUUUGGAAAUGUUAUUGGAUCUUAUAAAGAUUUUUGGACCAGUAAUUCAUUCAACAUUAUCAGCAAAUUUAGGUGUUGGAGUUAACAUUCAGGCUGAGCAGAGGUUGCAACGUUGCACACGGUGCUUUAACCAUUUGCAAAAGAUUCAACAAACUUUGAAUCCAUUGAUUAUGCGGGGUGGUCAAGCUGCACAACUUGCUCAAGAACUAAGUCUUUCAUUGCAAAAUUUGGUGGUGAUCUAG